ACUUGUCGUCUUUUCGUUUAUUAUUUAGAAAAUACAGUAUCGUUGUGCUUUUCCCGACAUUUGCAGCUGGCUCGAUUUACGCGGACUGGUCUAAUACACAAAAGUGGAAAGCUAGCAAGAAAUUGCAUUGAAAAUGGGCUUGUUUGGAUUCACAACUCACCACAUCUGGAUGAUCGUACCCCUAGCCGGAUUCUAUUUAGGAAAAUUAAUCGAUGACUCUGAGACCCGAAGGAUGACAUUGUUCCGUGACAAGAGUGCUCUGUAUGGUGGUCGAGUUAAACCCGGUGAUCCACCAUCCUGGCCCUGAACGGAAAUUUUAAAUCAAAAUUAUUAAUUAAAAAUUGAUUCAAUCGAGAUAGUGGGUUUGCGUUUUGUUAGUUGUAUUUUAAUUCUUAAAAUAAAGUAUGUAAAUUAAUAAAUGGAUGGAAGA